CAAAGAUAAUAGUGUUGCUGGUAUUUCGGUCAGAGACACAAAAGCACCAGUCAGACAAUAGACCUCCUUCAAGGUCUUGUGAGAUUGUAUUACUAGAAACCAACAGGGUUUUCUGUGAAGAAGAGAUGAGGAUGAUUCCAGCAUUUAGGCCACUUGCACUGCUGUGAAGAGCUACUUUGGCAAAGACAUACUCUGGAUUAUACCACUGGAAAGUAAACCCACCAGACGCCUCCAGACCAACACGGAAUCCAAAAAAAGGAUCCUUUUUUUAGGAGAAGAAAAACCCAUGGCUGCCCACCGGCCUCCUGUUUGAGUUUGGAUUACAGAUACAAGGCCUAGGCAUGAUGCUUUCUACCUGAACAAGCCACCAACUGUCAACAAUGUUUACCCCCAGGAAGAGCAGUCUUCCCUCCCCCAGCCUGGAGGACUCCUUCUUCCCCCUCUCCUCAUCCUCCUCCAUGUCUCUGUCCUUUGCGUUACCUUCAUCCACAUCUUCUCAAGGCUGCAGUGACAAUGGAGGAGGGAUAGAGACAGAUCUGAUACUCGCUGCAGAGCUGGGGCAGGCGUUACUGGAGAAGAAUGAGGAGCUGGCAGCCUCUCUGGAGCAGAGUGAGAGGGAGUUGGAGGCUGUACAGCAGGAGAAGCAUGUUCUUCAGAGGAAGCUGGAAAUGAACCAGCUGGAUUCUGGGCAGAGGGAGGCAGAGCUGACGACAGAUUUAGCCGCCUUGAGGGUGGAGCUGGAUCGACAUCACAGCCAAGGGCGUGACCGGCGGCGGGAUGAGAGUGAACAGCUGACUCAGUUAGCCAACCACAACCAACGCCUGGUGGAGCAGCUAUCAGAGGCUGUGACACUUGAACACACCUUGAGGACUGAGCUCCGAUCCCUCAGAGAAGAGAUGGACGAAUCAUUUUUCAGCAGAAAUAUCAACUCCACACAGCUAGACAACAUACAAGGAGAGAACAGAGUUUUGAAGGAGCGACUGUCACACAAGGAGACACAACUUAAAGCUUCACAAGAUGACAGUGAUAGACUUCGAGUGGAGAGAGAGGCACUGAGAGAGAAGCUGUCGGACCUACAGACCAAACUGCGAGAGAAAGAGGCAGAGCUAGAGCAGGAGCAGGGGGUGGUGUUUGAGUUACGAACCUUGAAUCGCUCUCUGCAGCAGAAAGAUCUGAACCUGGGAGAAGAGAGCUUCCUGGACAGUAGAAACACACAACCUUUGUCUCUGCAUAGUGAAAUUCAGCAAACACAGGCUAAAGAGGCUCUUCUAGCUCACUCCGACGUCCUGCAAGCAAAAGAUGAAGAGAUACAAGACCUCAAACAGGAGGUUCAAUCCCAACUAGAAGAGCUGGAGUCUUUAAGGGAGGAAAUCAAGCCAUUUAGAAACAGUCCUGAUAAACCAAGCUACAGUUUCUUAGAGAACGACCUGGCCACUGUGCGUCAGGAGAAAGAAACACUUACUCAGCAGCUUCUCAACACCAUCAAACACAAGGUGACGCUGUCUCAAGAAUUGGAUGCGUGGCAGGAGGACAUGCGGUUGGUGAUCAAUCAUCAGGUGCAGCAACAGGAGGAGGAGAGAAAGCAAAAAGAAAGGGACAAAGAAAACACAGGAGGACUCCAAAGAAGCAAGUCUUUGAGAAUGCGGGGUGAAGGAGGGAAAGGAUUCUUCUCCUUUUUCAAAGACAAAUGACAGAGAAAGGUGUUGUCUGUGUAGAGGAGAGAGUAUUAUUAGUCUUUGACCUUGCCACUAUAUUUGGGACCUCAGCUGCAAGAUAACAUUUUUUUUAAUGUCAUAUCAGCAUCACCAGUGAAAUGU